AUGAUUUUCAACAGUGACACCUCCAGCGAUCAGGUUCAGUCGGAGUUUAAAGGACGAGUGUCACUGCUGGAGUCUGAUGUGAAACAGAAAAACUGCAGCAUCAUCAUCAAUGACCUGAAGGAGUGGGACUCUGGAACAUAUCAACUCAGAGUUAUCACUUUACCGAGGGCAGGUUCUUCAGUGUGGGGGAAAAGAAGUUGUCCGUUGAGGGGUUACUGUAACACUCUAGUUGAAGGAGAAAUAUCAGCGGAGGCUGGACUCUGUGUCGUGAUACCAUGCUCCUUCACUGUUCCUGAUCGUAUCCAAAUCUCACAUAUAGUUUGGUUCAAAUGUGAAUCGACUAAAUGGAGAUGUGAUCAUGGAGACAUGAUUUUCAACAGUGACACCUCCAGCGAUCAGGUUCAGUCUGAGUUUAAAGGACGAGUGUCACUGCUGGAGUCUGAUGUGAACCAGAAAAACUGCAGCAUCAUCAUCAAUGACCUGAAGGAGUCGGACUCUGGAGAAUAUCAACUCAGAGUUAUAGGUUUACAGAUGGAAGAUGCAUUAACAUUCUCCCAAAAAGCAACUGUCGCUGUUAAAGGUCUGAGUCAGAGGCCCACAGUGAUGAUUCCCACUCUGACAGAAGGACAGCAGACCACACUGACCUGCACUGCUCCUGGUCUCUGCUCUGGAUCUGAACCUACAUUCACCUGGAGGUGGCGAAGAAGAGGAGAGAGCGACACUGACCUCACAGGAAACAUCACGGCCGUAAAAACUGAGAACGUGGCUUCGUUCGCCAAGAGAAGCAGCUCGACUCUGUCCUUUUCCCCUUCAGCUGAACAUCACGGAACCAACAUCACCUGCACGGUCCUCUUCCAAGGAAACGUGAGCACAGAGGAGACGGCGACUCUGAAUGUGACCUAUGUGAAGGAAGUCAGAAUAACCCAGAAUGCAAGUGUUAGUGAGGGCGAGACUCUGAAUCUGACGUGCAAGGUUGACAGUUUCCCUCCAUCGCUGAUCACGUGGACUAAAGUUUCUGAUCAUAGCAGCAGAAAUGGAACAGGAACAACUCUGCAGAACAACACAUUCAGUGACUCAGCUCAGCUCAGAGAAGAAAGAGGAACUGCCACUCUCUCUCUCUUUAAUGUCACAGCAGGGGAUGCUGGACAGUACGUUUGCACAGUGACACACAUGAACAGCACCUGGAAGGAAAAUGUCAACGUUACAGUAAUCUACAUGAGAGAUCCAGUGAUCACUGGAAACUUGAGAGUAAAGGAGGGAGCUGUUCUGAAUCUGACCUGCAGGGACAACAGUUUCCCUCCAUCUCAUGUAGCGUGGACUCAAGUUUUUGACCAAAGCAGCAGAAAUGGAGCAGGAACAACUCUGCAGAAAAACACUUUCACCACAGGAGACUAUCUGGAGAACCUGAGGUUCCUCGUUGUUGCUCUACUUCUCCUGAUGAUUAUCAGUGUAAUUGUCGUAAAUUUAAGAUACUGGAGGAAAUCUGUUCAACAAGGACCAACAAACACCAAAUCCCCUUCUGGUUUUUCGAAUGAACCAGAGAGCCUGCAGGACUAUGAUGACGUGAGUAAUGCAACUGCACGUGCACCAACAUCUCCAAAUCUACUUGACGACCACACCAGUGAAGGUGAAGUGGAGAUGAACUUUCCACAGGUGAGAUUCACAGCGACGCCCCGACGUCAGACGACCAACAGAGACUCCAGCAGCUCUCACCAAGAUGAGAGUUAA